UUCCUGCCAAGACGUGACUCGGUGAGAAACGUACGAACUAUCGACAUCUUAUGGUUCCGCCGUGGAAAUGGCCUCGUUGGAUUACUUAGCUCUAAACGCUAAAUGAGUGUGUGUUGUUUGGGUUCGCCCGAGAGAAGAUAGCCCCGGUGUGAAUAACCUACACGGAGCUUGUUUACGGUCAUCGGAGGAGUGACGAGGCAGAAAAGUAACUAUGCCACAUUUGGUGUGGCCGGAGCCGCUGUCAGCAGCUCAGCUGAAGCGGCUGGAGGAGCAUAAAUACAGCGCGUGUGGUCGCUCCCUGUUCGAGCCGCCGUGUCAGAUCUACUGGAACUGGCUGGUCCAGCAGAUUCCGACAUGGGUCGCACCGAACACGCUGACUAUUGUAGGACUGCUGGUCAACAUCGUCUCUACGGUGGUGCUUGUUUAUUAUUGUCCCACGGCAACAGAGGAGGCUCCAGCGUGGGCCUUCUGUCUGAGCGCUCUGGGCCUGUUCAUCUAUCAGUCUCUGGACGCCAUCGAUGGGAAACAGGCUCGCAGGACAAACAGCAGCUCAGCUCUCGGGGAGCUCUUUGACCACGGCUGCGACGCCGUCUCCACAGUGUUUGUUGCCAUUGGAACUUGCAUCUCAUGUGGAAUUGGAAGAUUCCCAGACUGGACGUUCUUCUGUGGGUUCAUCGGGAUGUUCAUGUUCUUCUGCGCCCACUGGCAGACCUACGUGUCCGGCACCCUCCGCUUCGGCCUGGUGGACGUCACAGAAGUGCAGUUCGCCAUCAUGAUCAUGUACCUGAUGUCGGCGUUCGGUGGGCUGAGCCUUUGGCACACCAUGUUGCCCGUCCUCGGCCUGAAGAUGUACGUCUUCCCCAUCGUGGGCAUCAUCGGCGGCGCACUCUACUCCUGCUACAACUACUUCUACGUCAUUCUGAACGGAGGUGUUGGCAAAAAUGGCUCCACUGUGGCUGACACCAGCGUGCUGAGUCCCGGUCUGCACAUCGGCCUCAUCCUCACCUUGGCCUUCAUCAUUUUUAAGAAGUCGUCGAGUCAGCUGUUUGAGGGUCACCCGUGUCUGUACCUGCUCACCUUCGGCAUGGUCAUCGCCAAGAUUUCAAACAAGCUGGUGGUCGCACACAUGACCAAAAGUGAGCUGCACCUGCCCGACACGGCGUUCAUCGGCCCCGGCCUCCUCUUCCUCAACCAGUACUUCAACAGCUUUGUGAACGAGUACGUCGUCCUCUGGGUCGCUCUGGUUCUCUCUAUCGUGGAUCUAACUCGCUACUGUACGGGUGUGUGCCUCCAGAUCGCCUCGCACCUGCGCAUCCAGGUCUUCAGCAUCACGCCGCAGACAAGCCACGCCCACAGCGACUGACAGCUUGCCCGGCGGGAGAAGGCGGGGGGAGGCGCGGACCUCUCCCCGCUCCUGGAAGCAGACGAGGACGACCUGAGCCACUGCAGCCUUGACAAAGUGACCACUUCACAGUAAAACUGCCUCUCUCUCACCACACGGUACAAGAAAACCAAAACAAAGAAAGGAUAUUAACAGAAAUGUACCAAUGUGUCAUAUUAAGCUAUUAGAGUCUCCCUUCCAUACAUUUGAAUUAGUGCAUGUCAAAAACAGAUUAAAAACUUUAAAAGUUAGAAACCAAAAGCUUGGGCAAAUACUUUAAAUUGAAAUGAUAUUUGUUAAAAAUGAAGGCUCUCUUGUAUUUAUUCAACACAUAAAUAUACGACAGCCAGUA